AAUUGUACUCCCUCGAGGUGGCCCAUGCUCUGCCCUUACUCGCGGCCGAAUUGGGCUUCCAAUCCGACAGAAAUAAUUCUCAGAUCUUCUAGUUCUACGCUAUGCUGGUUCUCUAAAAACAAAAGAUACAAUCGCUCAUUAAGGGUAGUAGACGGCGUCCAACAGCUGUUCUCAAGACACAGUAAUGUCAUCGAUAAUGACAGGGGCAGCAUUCGAACCAGUAUCCCAGGAGAAACCUAUGGAAAGGGUACCAUUGGCUGUAGUGGGAGUAAAGGUGAAGGUGUGUUGUCUGUAUCCACCCGCGUCGCUGUAAGUCGUCAAGCACGUGUACGUAGAGCUGCCACAGACUGGAGACGGGCCCAUGAUAGCAUCUCCCCAAGCAACAUAGACCUUCGCAUUGUCCUGUUUUGUCGCAGAGUCAAGACGGCCUGCAUAAAACGUUACAGUCCUGGCGACUCGAAGGGGCAGGCCGGUAAGGGAUUGGUAGAUGUAAGCCUGGCGAUUCGAAGUACCGGAUGGGAUGAAAGCGCUUUGUGGCCGUGUUAGCAUUUGCUUGAUGAUACAAUCUGCCGUUGGCAUAGAGAGUUUGUGACUUACAGAGCAG